AUGCAGCCCUUGCAACCGAUGCAGCCGAUGCAGUUGCAAGAACCGAGGCCUCUCAUCAAUGAACGUGGCGAGAUCACCUCUUUGGUGCGACAACAGGUGCCGAUGCCAAUGCACUACGGCACCAUCGGCACCAAUGCUUUCUACACUGGUAAUCCCUUGCCAGGGAUGAACGGCCCCUUCAAGUUCUUCGUGAACACUCCCGCGCACUUCUUGCCGGAUCCCGCUACACCUGCGGCGCAACCAAGCUUCCAAUCCAUGGGUUGUCAAGCCAUGUCUCCGAUGUCCAUGGCGUCCAAGACACCUGCACCUCGGAUAGUUCGGUGA